AUGGAGGAAUGGACAACUGGGGUCUUCCAGGGGACUGUGGGCUCUAGUGAAAAGCAGCCUCUGGCUCUGACAUGCGGAUCCUCUUCUAGAAAGAUGAGUGCUUCCGAGUGCCAGCCUGAGCAGAUGGGGUACCUCCGCCAGCUGACCAUAGCAGUGCUGUCCGUGUCCUUCGCCAUAGGUGUUCUGGGCAACGGGCUGGUGCUGUGGAUGACCGUCUUCCGAAUGGCCCGGACCGUCACCACCAUCUGGUUCUUCAACCUGGCCCUUGCUGAUUUCUCGGGCUUGCUGUUCCUGCCCAUCGCCAUCCACAAUGUUGCCUUCGGCCAGUGGCCCCUGGACAAUCUGGUCUGCAAGCUCUACAUGGCCUUUCUGGCCCUGAACCUCUUCGCCAGCAUCUACUUCCUGGUCCUUAUCUCUGUGGACCGAUGCCUCUCUGUUCUCUACCCUGUCUGGGCCCGAAACCACCGCACCGCACGACGGGCCAGUUGGCUGGCCCUCAGUGUGUGGCUCCUGGCUGCCACGGCGUGCUCUCCCUACCUGAAAUUCCGGGCCACUGGAAAAGUGAAUGGAUGUGACUACUGCUACUUCAAGUUCAACUUACAGAACGAGGUCACCCGGGAUGGGGAGCCAAUGUCUUGGAAGGGACAGAUGGCCGUGGCCAUCACUCACUUCCUGCCGGGCUUCUUGGUGCCCUUGGUGAUCAUUGGCACCUGUGCCCACCUCAUCCAGGCCAAGCUCCGGCAGGUAGGCUGGGUCCAUAGCAGCAGGCCGAAGAGAAUGCUGCUGGUGCUAGUGAAUGCCUUCUUCCUCUUCUGGUUCCCAUUCAACAUGGCGCUCCUGGUCCAGUCAGGGCUACUGAUGAUGCAAAAGCAAUCCCACUGGCCUAAGAUGAUGCUCGUCCCGUGGGCUGCCUUCUCCCUGGGCUGCCUCAACAGCUGCCUCAACCCCUUUCUUUAUGUCUUUAUUGGCAGAGAUUUCCAAGAAAAAUUUUUUCAGUCUUUGCCUUCUGCCCUGGCCAGAGCGUUUGGCGAUGAGGGAUUCAUCAGUCAUCCUGUCCCAGAGAUGAAGUCUCCAGAGGACAAUGGGAACCUCCGAGUAGCAGCUGGAAAUCUCCCUCCAUAGCUUGCAAACCCUAACUUGGCCGGCUUCCAAGGAUCUGCCUCUUCUUUAGGAAGUCUCCCCAGCAGUCCCUCACCUAAGGGACAGCUAGGUAUUCCCCACCAUUCCUUUAAUUUUUAUUUUAUUUUUUUAGAUGUAGAUGGACACAAGAUCUUUAUCUUUAUUUGUUUAUUUUUGUGUGGUGCUGGGGAUCGAACCCAGGGCCUCACACAUGCAGGACAAGCACUCUACCACUGAGCUACGACCUCAGCCCUCAUUCCCUUUCUUUACAACAGUUUUAUCUGCUUUAAGCUGGACAUGUGGUUGAAAAGAAAGAAAGAAAGAAGGAGGAAAUACAGACAGACAAAUAAAAAAAAGAAAGAAAGAAAAGACUACAUUUUCCAGUAACUGUAGCAAGUAGAGGCAUCCAUGGGACUCCUUUCUGGCCAGUAGGAUGGAGUGGAUAUCAUCAGUGUGACUUCCUUGAAGUGCCUUUAAAUGAAUGGGGCUUGCCCCUUCCUUUCUCCAUGUGACUAGACAGUGAAUGGAUCAGUUAGCUUUUACUGUGGAACAAACACUCCCCAAAUCGAGAAGCUUUUAUGAUUUCUGUGGUUAAGAAAUUUAGACUGGGCUCAGUUGAGCAGUUUUCUUGUCUUAGUUGGACCCCCUCAUGCACCUGUGGACCUGCUAAAUGAUUCUGGGAGGGGUGGCUGGUCAACUGGGAUAAUGGGAUUGGCCAAGCCAUAUAGUUCCUAUUGUCCUGCAGAGUGACUUUUUUUUUAAUGUGGCAUUUAUAUGGAGAGGUUUUGUUUUGUUUGAUUUUUAGGGGGUACUGGGGAUUAGACCCAGGGUCCUGUGCUGCUAGGCAAGUGCUCUACCACUGAGCCACAUCCCCAGCCCACGAGGAGGGUUUUAAGAGUGAGAAAAGCAGGAGAUAAAGCUUGGAACUUUGCACAGGUGACCAUCAUUCCUACUGGUCAAAACAAGUCACACGCCAGCCUAGACCAGGUGAGAGGUUCCACCUCUCAAUCGGAAAAUCCGCAAAGCGACAUUGCAAAAGGCCAUGGAUUCUGAGCGGCAUGCAGAACUGGGGCCAUUUUUUUUUUUUACAAUCUGCACAGCAACCACUGUGGCAAGCCACAUGGGAAGCUAUGUGUCCCCAAGGAGAGCCCAUGCCAGCCCUGGGAUGUUCACACCCGGGCUAUGAAGAGAGAGCUCAAAUUCCAGUUCCCUGGAGCCACUGUCACCUGGUGUCUGUGCUGCAGCAGCUGAAUGGACCUGUACCUGUUGGGCCACCAACCUCUGGAACUGGAUGAAGGGAGGUAAUCAGUUUUCGUAUUGCCAAAGCCACUUAGAGUCAGACUUGCUCUUAUUGGAAACCCAGAGCGGCCCUUGCUGAUACAUGCCAUAAAUGCUUCUCUCCAGGGAUAGAGAUGCUAGUGGUUCCUAGUCGUGGGGCACCAUUCCCUUAGUUCUAGGGAGAGGAAAAACAAACAAACAAAAAACCAUCCAAACCAGACACCAUCACACUACUUGUCCCAAUUCUUAGUGGCAUCUCUGGCCCAGCUCUGACGUGUUCUGAAACUCUGCCACUCAGAGCCUUAGUUGACCAACUCUGUAAAAUGGGACCAAAUGCUUCCGUAUUCAUGGGUGAGGAUAGGACUAAAUGACCCGGUACCCCGGUGACGGGAAGGAUGGAGGCACCUUGAAAAACACUAACUGCAGGAAGUGGCUUAUUAAAAACAAACCAAAACUUUAAAGCGGUGUAGGCACAUGGCAAAAAAGAAACUCUCACUCCUACUCCUCAUCCUCCAUGCCUACUUUUCCUCCCUGGAGAUGACAUCACCUUCUUGCAUAUCCUUCCAGAUAGCCUACCCAUGCACAAUUAUUUUUAACACAAACAGAACAUGCCAAGUACAUUAUCCCACACCAUGUGUGUUCUAUUAAGAGUCUAGGGACUAGGGAUGUGGCUCAGUGGUAGAGUGCUUGCCUGACAUGCAGGAAACCCUGAUUCCAAUCCCUUGGCUGCAAACAAACAAACAAACAAAGAGUGGGUCUAAGAGACGGCUGCUUAUAAAUGUCUGUGAGGCUGUCACAUGGUUUCUCAGUGGUGGGGCCAAGUGUUCUCUUAUGUAGAUAUAUUGUGCCUAAAGGUAUUUCACCCAACCCCUACUGAUGGGUGUCUAGAUUGCUUUGAGCUUGCUGCAAUGUAUCUUUGAAAGUUCGAAAAUUAUUCCAUCUAACACACAUUCUGGAGAACAUUAAAAAAAAAAAA